AUGGCUAGGAGCGGGAGGAAUCGAUUCGUGCGCUGCCGCCGGCCGCAGGCGGUCCACGGUGAUGACCGGAUUAGCUCCCUACCUGACGAUCUCCUCCUCGACAUCCUGGGCCGCCUUGACACCCGCACAGUUCGCGGCUCGCGGAUGCUGUCUAAGCGCUGGGCCGGUCUCGCCCGCGAGCUCCCCUUCCUCGACUUGAGCGUCGGAGACAUACUCCCGCCGCGUUACCACCGAUGGGUCCUCCUUCAGGACUCCGAGGUAACUGACUUGGAGGAUGUAUUUGCCACGGCCAAGGUGGAGAAGUCCAUGCCUCACAUCAGGAGGUACGAGCGCCGUGCCAUGCGAGCCUUGAGAAGCUCCGUCGAGCGCCUCUUGGAUGGUGUCGGCCGGAGGGUCAGCAGGCUGACGGUUGAGUUCUUCUCGACCCACAACACUGGCUGCAUCAACCGGCUCAUUUCGACGGCAGUCAAUGCUUGGGACGUCCAUGAUCUGGUUGCCGUUGCUAAGCCAUUAUACUGGCAGCCUCGAAAAUUCCAUGCCUUCCCCAGUCAGGGCAUCUGUGAGGACCCCCGUGCAUCAUGCUUGACAAGUCUCAAGCUUGGAGGCUGCGUGAUCCCACCGCUGCACGGGCACAACGUGCUCACCGUGCUCGUCCUGCAAGACACUCCAAUAUCAACGCCCGAGUCAGCAUACGAGGGCAUCUUCACCUCGUGCCCGCAGUUAAAGGUGCUUCACCUCAUCUCCUGCUACAGCGCAGGCAAUGGGCAGAUUACGGUGGACGCCCCGGAGUCAGAGCUGAGGGAGCUUGUUGUCGACAACUGCCUCGGGUUCAUACGGAUAGGCCUCAGGGCUCUUCCCAGACUCGAGCGCCUGGCCUCCCUGGGCACCAGAGUGCGCUUUGAGACCACCUCCUUUCCCUGUCUCAGGCAAUCUAACUUCACCCUGUGCAUGGGUGUCACAAACGAAGCAGCUCGCCGAUACUUUGCGCCACUCAUGAAGCUCAAGCUUGGCUUCUUUCUCCAAGGCGUCCCGGACAUAACGGACCUGAUUAUUCGUUUCACUGGACCUGACAGAUGGAUCGUGCCAUCUGUUUCCUCCUCGUGGCCGCCACUGCUACCUAAUCUCAAACGACUACUGGUCGCAGACAUGCCUCGGUCCUGGGAUGUCUCAUGGCCCCUUCUCCUCCUUGAGACGGCGCCUUCCCUCGAGACCCUCCAUAUCCACAUUUCACCCAAGGAAGAGGAACCCAGCGGCGAUGAGAUACUGUGGCAGCCCGCCAUGCUGCCUGGGCACCGUCGCCUCAAGGAGUUUGUGAUGGUUGGUUUUGACGGGACGGAGAGGCAGGUUUACCUUCUCAGGUCUGUCAUCGGAAUGUGCAGCCCGGCGUUGCGCCUCGUCGCCGUGUUCAAGAAGGGGCAUGUUCGGGACAAGGGGCACUGGGACUGGGAGAUGGUGACGCAACAACAAUACUCACAGUGGGCCGACGAGGAGAAGGACAGGACGCUUAAGCAGAUCACGAAUAAUGGGGGUCCUUCUUCCUCGACCGCUUCUCCGGUUAUAGUUUUUGGUUGA